AUGCCUCCGAAAAAAAAAGUAAAAGAAUCGCUAUCAGAAGAUGCUCGAAAACGGCGUUUAUUCAAUAGAAAACACAACGCUGUGCCGCCAUGUGUGAUUCUUGAAAACCGGGCGAUUUAUCUCGACGACGACGAUCCCCUCUAUGCGUCUCGUUAUCAAAAUCCCGCCGUCCCGAAGUAUGGCUAAAACAGAAUACAGAGUAGAAGUACUGAUUUCCAGGCAGAGAAAGAAGGCGGCAAAGAAGGAAGAGCCAAAGAAAGUGCUAGCUUCGCCGGUAGUCAGUGACGUGGAAGUGUCGGACGAUGAAGAAGGUGCAGGGUUUGUGGAACCAGAAGCUCAAGAAGAGGAUCGUCAGAAGAUUAACAAAUUGGUAUAUCCUUAGUUGAUUUCAAGUGCUCAUUUUCUCUGUCGUAGAAACAACAAUUCGAAGAUGAAGAGAAUGUCUCGUUAGAAGUAUUCAAUUCGAAAGGAAUGCGGGUCAAAAUAGUGAACGGAAGAUACGUUGGCGAGCAUGAUAAACAGCCUCCGGAGGCCUGGAGGCCGUCUUGCGAAGAAGAAGUGGUUGGAAACUUCCCGCCCACUGGUAAGCUCAAGUUAAAAUACUCAAAACUCUGAAUUCUGGUUGCAGAACCACCGAAACGGCAUCCACUCGUCAAGAAGCAAAACAUAAAAAAGCAGGAGAAGCCACAGCCGGCAGCAGAACCGAAAAAGUCAGCAACUGGCCUAGAUAAGUGCAUCGAUUCGAUUCGAAAUGAUUUGGAAGUGACGAAGAGAAGUGAGUAUUCUGUAAAUUCAAUUUGAACCACUUUCCAACGGGAUAGCAGUACAAAUCGUAUUCCAACCGUCAUAAAACCGAAUGUUUUGCAGGAGACAGAGCCGCCGAAAGCGCUUCGAUGAGUUUCCGAGUCUUUGCAACGCCCAUGCGAAAAACUGUCGAGCCGCGGGACGAUAGACUUUCGAUGUUCAAUUGUCAGCGCUGCAUUCAAUUCCUUUUCUGGUGAAGAAAUACCGAUUUUCAGACACUCCUAUGCGUGGAAACCAGAUGAACAAUAUCGGGGUGUCGAACAGAAUCUCCACGCUCUCCGAGAACUCGCCGAAGCCUCAGUUCGAAAGCACUCCGAUCGGCAAGCCGACGAGAACCAGAAGAACAGAACAAAUGCCUGCAUUCAGUAGGUUCAAGCGGUGAAAAAGUCCUUUAAUGCUUUUUCUACAGAUCUUUCUUCGUCCGACGAGGCAUCCUUCACUGAAAAAGGGAAAACUACGACGAGGGAAAAGUCAAAAUAUUCAGACACGCAGUAGGUUGCAUGGCUGGACAAACCUGUAACCCAAUUCCAUUUUCAGAAUGACCACUGCUGUGGAGCCGACAAUAGUAAAAGAAGCAUCUUGUUCUCUUUCUUUUGCGCCCGAAGAUUCCACGAUGCAGGCUGCAAAGGAAAUAAUGUCACUUUCCGAACGAACUGAGCAACAGACUUUGAUUGCUCACGAGACCCUAGAAACUGCAUCCCGAACAGUACAGCCGAUUCCGGACGUGUUCGUUGAUGAUUCGCUUGAACAGCAACAUGAAUCGACAAGUUCACGAAAGGCCGAUUUGUCGGUGAGCGAGAUUCUCGUGGAUUCAGAAGCGGAGCAAAUGGAGCAGGAAACGGAGCAGUUCUCGAAAAAGCGACAAAGAACGAAGAGCCCGGAGACGAUGUGCCUGGCGACGAGCACUAUUCUGACGAUGCAGGAAGUGGAAGCGGAAGAGAAGGAGAAUCAGGAGAGGAAGCGGACAACACUGCAGCCGCAAACUCAGCAGCUUCUCAGAGAAUCGCGGCUCUCCGUCAUGACGACCGCCUCUUCCCGGCGCGAAUCAAUCAAUAGUCUGAUGGAAGACAUGAGUUUGGACAUGAGUCUGGACAUGGGAGAUGAGAUGAUGAAGACGCAGGGAUCGGAGUGCACGACCCGGGGUGGAACUGCCAUGACCAUCCACAACGAGGGCGCCGAUAUUCCGUUCUACCUCCGAGAAGCGACUCUGUUAGACGGAAUGACGGACAUGCAACAACUGCUUCACGUAGUUGGACAGACAGAGCCAAAGCAGUGGAAGAACCUCCCGAAGGAAGCAUUAUUCAUCAAAAACGUCAAAAAGUUGGGAGAAGGAUCGUACGGAGAAGUGUACUCGACGAUUUGGAACGGAGACGAGGUGGCCCUGAAGAUUGUGCCGUUCGAAGCGGACGCAGAGAACAGACUGUACGACGGAGUGUACAACGGAAAUCAAAUGCAGGCGGCGUUCGCUAUUCUUCCAGAAGUCAUCGUGAUGAAAGAGUUGUCCGCUCUGAGAAAUAUGGACGAAGAGAACUCGACGCCCAACUUCAUCCACAUGAUAUCGGCUGAAGUUGUGGUCGGACUAUAUCCGAAGGGACUGCAGAGGGCCUGGGACGCUUACAUGAGUUCCAAGCCGGAUAAAUGCAUGAAUGAUAGACCCGAAGACUUUGUCAUUGAUCAGCAGAAAUUCAUUCUGUACGUGACGGCGAACGGCGGAAAGGAUCUUGAAGAUUUUGUGCUGGAAAGCGAGGAAGAACUGCGAUCGAUCCUUGUGCAACUGCUCAUUUCGAUGCAAGUGGCCGAGAAGGUUCUCGAGUUUGAGCAUCGAGAUCUUCAUUUGGGAAAUGUACUCAUCGAUCGGAGUGGAGUCGAGCAGUUACAGUACAAAAUCAACGGACAUAAAGUGGACGUUUCUGCGCAUAAAGUGAAGGUGAACAUCAUCGACUUCACGCUCAGUCGCAUCAGCAAAGAAGGCACGACGGUCUUUCCUGAUCUCGAGAACGAUCCGGAGAUCUUCGAAGGCUCUGGCGACCCGCAGUUUGAUGUUUAUCGAGAAAUGCGCAAGAACAAUGGGUUAGUAGUAGAGUUCACCCGGAAAAAGUUCACAUUUUCGUUUAGCGGCAACUGGAUGAAAUUCGACGCACGGACCAAUCUCAUGUGGAUUAAGUAUCUGGCUCUUCAGCUCAUCGAACCGCCACGUUGUCCGGACGGAAUGUUGACGAACGAGCGGAAGAACGUGAGUUGACGGGGACUGAGUCUGCGAACGAAGAAUCAUCCACUUUAGGAACUGCGGGAGUUGUUCGAGCGGCUAGGUCGGUAUGAGACAUCGGCCAACUCGUUCGUCGACGAGGAGUUCUUCAACUUAUUCUAUCGAGGAUAUAUCAACUAG